AUGGAGUACAAUUGUGUGGUUGCCGGUGAUGCCGCUGGCGGAGUGGAUGGUUUAGUGUAUUUGCUGGCUGAUGCUCCACCUUCCCAGGUGCAAAGAGCCCAACAAAAACAAGAAGAAGAACAACAGCACCAGUUGUUAUUGAAAUCAUUAUUGUCGACACUUCCAGCAACAGGUUCUGUUCCGCCGCGACGGGUAUUAGAACUGCCGCACCCCUCACUGCCGGAGUUAAAAAUCCGCGUUGUUCUGCAGGCAGCGUAUGCGCCAUCCGACAUGAUGAGAGAAGAAGAGGCACCGACGGUGGUGGUGUUUGUAUUCCUUAUGUCUUCUGUGGAUUUUAUGCAGAGCAUACAGGCGGAGUGGGCACCGAAGCUGGGGAAAAUAAAUCGCGCUCCAACUGUGAUCCUUGUUGGGGUGACGCAUGUUGAUAAGAGCGGUGCCGCCAUGAGAAUUCAACCGGGUGAGAUUGCACUUGUUGCGAAGGUGUUGCAAGCAAAGGCUUUUUUUUUGGUGGACGGGAGCAGCAGUGAGCCCAAUAUUUGUAUCACUCAGAUAACGGAAAUUAGGGAUGCAAUUGCCCGUGCGUGCAUUGGUGAGUUUUGUGAGCUGGGCCAUGUAACGGAAGCGAAUAUUUAUGAGCGUCAAAAGUACAGUUCUUUUGUUUCACCUUUACGUUCCCCUCUUGAGUCUUCUUCAUUGCACAAAGUUUACGAUUCAUCCAUUGCUUCGCCGAUAAGUGGUCGGAGUGGCGGUCAUGCAGCGGGGGCUCACGGUGCCGUCUGGGGAUUUAAACGACAUCCGCGAACGGGUCGUAUUUUUUAUGUGAAUCGCAUGACGAAAAAGUCGCAGUACAAGCGUCCACCGGGUUAUGACGGUGAGGAGCCUGAGUUGACACUGGAGGAACGCGUGGAGGCGGAGCGCGAACGACAGGAGAAGCUGCAGCGGGAAGCUGAUCUGCGGCGAGAGCACGAAGAAAUUGCGCGAUUCAACGCCAAGAUGGAGGAAAACCAGCAGCGCGUGAAGGUUCUCCAGUCCGGUGUUCGGCAGCUGGAAACUGCGGUCGAGCGGCUGCGAAUGCAGGCGGGGGCCUUGGCUUUUAAGCGCGAGAGCAAUAAGGCGAGCCGCGAGCAUGUGGCAACGUUGCGGGCAGAGGUGUCGGCGAAGGAACAGGGCUUCCUGCAGGAGUCUUUCCAACUCCACUCGAGGCAUGAAGAGCAGAUAGCAUUAGUGCAACAGGCCUUGAAGGAAGCAGAGGAGGAGGGGGAGGAGGAAAAGGAUGAAAAGGGAAGUGCAAGGCAUGAGAACGAAGGGAUGAAUUACUCCGUCUUUGCUUCACCACGGCGAUGUAAAACCAUGCGAGCAAUACACACGAUACAAGCUGAGAUGCAGUCCACCGUUGAUAGCACUCGGGUGAUCAUUUCAGCGUUGCGUGGGCUACUCGAGAAGAGCGUCAAGCAACGCGAACGCAAUGUCAUUGUGCAUGCGGAGUUGUCAUCCGCUUUGAGGUUAACGGAGACACUCAUGCAACGCACGUCGGCCGUCGAAGCGGAGGGACGACGCGUUCGUGCCGCGUUGAUGACCGAACGGGCAUCCAUGGAGACUGAGGAAAACGUUCUCCAACCACUUUUGGCGGCGAAGGAGGCGAGGCUGCAAAGAGAUCGAACGCGCCGUCAGUCGUCGGAGGUCGAUGGGUUAAAUGAGAUGAUGAUGAUGGAUGAGGUACACCUACUGGAGGAGAAAAUUGCGGCAGUAAAGGAGAGUUUAAGACCUCUGAAAGGGGCAACGUCGGUGGCGGACACCCAUGAACUUGCGUAUUUACAUCGUACUCGCAACAUACGGGCGUGCGUUACUGCGUUUUCUAAAUGGGCCAACUAUGUUUUUUUUAUUUCUCGCCUGAAGCGAGGGCUUUAUUUGCGCAUGGAACGUUAUGCCGAUUUGGCGCGGUAUCGUCAAUUUUUGCUUGGCGGGCUACGUGAGCGGUACGUGCAGGAGCGUCUUUUUCUUUUGCAUGAUUGGUACGCUUUAGAGGCUGAAGGAAAUCACAGUGGUGGUGGUGGCCAUCGCGGUAGCAAUCGCACCGACACCGCAUCUCACAUGCGUCUCGUUGAGGAACGGAUGGACCAACUGGACACAGUUAUUGACCGGCUGAAGACGCAUGCGGCAAUUAUCGAACACAAUACGAACAUUCACGAAAUUAAGCUGCAGCGAUGCCGAGGCGUCUUGGAGAAGUUGCCUCUGUGCGAAUUGGGUGACCCUUCCCCGCUUUCAGGUGAUGCGGUGGUGACAUGCUGGUUGCUUCUGGCGGAGCGGAUACUUGAAGUUGUAGCGCGCCUUCAGUCUGUUGUUUUUUCAAUGGAGGCACCAAGUGAUACAGAUGGUACUGGCGUGGAUGCCAUGGGAGUGAUGGGUGAAGAAAAGGGUGCCAUAUACACGGAGCACAUGAAGCUGCUUCGGCGGGAGUUGUGGCGUUCGUCUGGGCGAAGUCUUUUGCGUCAUUUUCGUUUGGAGGAACUGCGUGAAACCGCAAGAAGGCUUUCCCGUCAACAUGAAUUGACGUUAAAUGGCUGCGACAACAACAACAGUAGCAGAGUAUCGAACGGCAAUGCACCGAAACGAAUAAUGGCCAAUUCGAUGUCUGUGGCAGAUGUCUCUGACUCUCACGGCAACGCUGACGAAGAUGGUGUCAUGCCGGAGAACAGUGACGAGUUAUCACUUCUGCAGCCAGCGGUUGAUUUAACGUCAGCAUCGAAGGACACGAUUUGGAUGGAAAAGCUGCUGCUUUCUAUUCUUGCACCGAUAACGGGGGAGCGUAAUUUCGAUGUGGACGAGGCGGUGGUGAUGACUGAUAAAAGUGCAGCGGUUUGCUCUCCGGUGUCUUACAACGCACUUCGAGAACGACUGCAGAAGGCAUACGCCUGA